AUGCCGAAAAGGAAAACAUUCAGGGAGUGGAAUAAAGAAGACCUUCACUCCGCUCUCAGGAGAGUUGAAUGGGGCGAGCUCUCUCUUCGAGCUGCAUCAAGGCAGUAUAGCAUCCCCCUGGCCACACUGGCCGAUAAAUUCCAUGGGAGGACCCCCGUUGACAGUAGACAAGGCCCUUCAACUUAUAUCACCCCCGGGGAAGAGAAGGCAAUCGUCGACUGGGCCAUUCAAAUGACCAAAGUUGGUUUAGGUCAAACCAAAGAAAACAUCAAAGAUGUAGUGAAGAACAUGAUCGAUAAAGAUGGAAGGAAGACACCAUUUACCAACAACAGGCCAGGUGACAAAUGGUUUGGGAGAUUUCUAACCAGAAAUCCGAGGCUUGUCUUCCGAAAAUCCCAACCGAUAGGCAAGGAGAGGGCCAUUGUCACCCCUGGCCGAAUCGAUCGAUGGUUCAAAGAAUUAGAGGCCUAUCUGGAGGAAGUGGGGGCCAUGAGCAUCCUCUUUGAAGGAAGGCGGAUGUUCAAUUGUGACGAAAGCGGCUUCCCACUUGGCGGGCGCAAGGGGACGAGAGUUCUUGCAGAGAAGGGAUCGAAAGCCGUCCACGAGGUGAGGAACUCCGACAAGACGCAGAUCACCGUCUUGGCAACAAUGAAUGCUGUCGGAGAUUUCCUUCCCCCUGUCAUUAUCGUACCAGGUAAACGGACAGAGGCUUGUGGGCGGUAUAUGACGGACGCACCCCACGGAGCAUUCUUUGCAGCAACCGACAGCGGAUGGAUGGACUCUAAGUCCUUCUUCGCCUUCGUCGCGAAUCUCUUCCAUCCGUUUCUCACUCAACACAACAUUCCGACCCCCGUUCUGCUAAUGGUGGAUGGCCAUAGCACUCACCAAUCACCGGAGGUUGCUAGUUUCUGCCGGGAGAACGGAAUCAUCUUAUACAGGCUUCCGCCUAACGCCACACACCUACUUCAACCCUGUGAUGUUUCCCUCUUCAGGUCACUCAAAGCGGAGUGGAACAAUGCAGAACGGGCGUUUAGAAUAACCCACCCUGGAUACUUCGUGACGAAGUCUACAUUCGCCGGAGUUUUCAAGAAAGCCUGGGAGAGAGUGGCAUCACGACCGGCGAUAGCAAUCAACGGAUUCAAGGCUGCUGGGAUCUUCCCCUUCACGAAAAAUUACAAAAAAGAUCAUCUUCAUCCUUCUUCAAUUUUCUCAGCAGCAUCUGGUAGCACGUCAUCUACGUCUGCACCAGAGGAAGUGGACCAACCAUCCACAUCGAGAAAGGCGACUGAUGUAAUUCCUCAACAUUCAACCCCAAGGUUGAGUUCUAUGGAUCGUGUCAAUGUUUGUGACAGACAGGCAUUCUCCGAGGCUGACUUCGUCUCCCCUGCUCUUCACGAAUAUAUAAGAUUUCCACGGGUAGAAUUCUCAACCGGAAAGAGGCGUCAGCAGUUGCCAGAAGCAAUAUCGGGGGAAGCCUUCCUUGAAUUCCUUCAGGAGAAAGAAGAUAACAAGAAAAAAGAAGAAGAACGGAAAAGAGAGAGACUCGAAGAGCGUCAAAAAGCUAAGAAGAUAAAAGAAGAACAGCUCCGAGUGAAGCGAGAGAAGAGAGAAAAGGAAGCCAUGGAGAGGAGGAAAAAGAAGGAAGAGAAGGAGAAUGUCAGGGGGAAAAGAAAACGCGAGACGAAAAGCAAAAAUCAACCCCGUAAGCAACCUCGCCUGCAAAUAGAUCAAAAUAUUUGUUGCAUGUGUCAAGUAGCAUACAGAGAGGGUGAAAAGUGGAUCGGCUGUGAUUUCUGCAAUCGGUGGAUGCAUCAUGAAUGCUCUGAAGUUUGGGGACUCACCGAUGCAGAAAUCACAGCAACUACGUAUCGUUGUCCUAUCUGUCAAAAAGAAGAUUAA